AUGUCAGUUCCUCAAGAAUCAGAGGACGAAGCUCUUGAUAUCCAUGACCCUUACUUGUGGCUUCCUUCUCGGUACAAUGGUCAUAUUUUUCGCCUUCGUGGUUCGGAGGAGCGUUGGCAGUGUGGCCCCAUUCUUCGUGAGGGUGUCCGUCAUACUCGGACAGAUUUUGAUGACGUAUCAGAAGUAUGUGGUAUAUGCAAUGUAACACUCCUAGAUGGUGCACAAGCAGGUCUCAAAGCUAUGCUCAAGAUUCACGUGCAGAUUCCCGACGGCCGCGACACUCGUGAUGAACUUUACCCGGGACGUGAUUAUUCUAAGUUCCGGUCAGAAGAGCUAAGCUGGGAGGCAGAGACUGAGUUUGUAAUGUUAGAACACCUUACGAAGAAGGGCUGCAAGAGCGUGCCGCAUCUGAUCGGCUACUCAGUCGACAAACAACCAAAAGAUGGUUACGUCCCCGGGGGCUACAUAGUAUAUGUCAUCAUGGAGAAGGUCCCCGGACAUGAUCUCUGGGAUUUCGGGAAAUAUCCUCUAGAGAAGAGAGACCAGAUACGAAUCGCGUUUGGAAAAGCUAUUCGCGAGUUCUAUUUACAUGGAUGCCAGCACCUUGACCCCCGUAGAUCCAACGUCAUAUGGGAUGAAGCCACGAACAGGUGCUGGAUAGUGGAUAUGGAGCACGUCGACUUUGCAGACCCGCCCGUGAAGUUCAAGCCAUUCCGCGAGUGGUCGAUAUGGGGUCUUUCUCGUCAGGAAGUAAUGGACAACACGGAUGAUGAGACUGUCCGUGAGACAUGGGAAGAAUGCUCUUCUGAUGAGGCACUGGAAUCCUUCCUCAUAAAACCUACACAGGCAUCGGAUCAGGAGGGUUGA